AUGCUCUCCAAAGCACAGAAGUCCUUCAGGCCUGUGUCCAUUACACUGAGAGGACUUCACCAGGCUGCUCGGAAAGUGGUAGAGCGUCCAGAGCCAGAGGAUAAUGUGACGGACAGUUUUGGCCGUUUCAUCCAGGGUGUCCAGUCCCAUCACCUGACUCCCACUCUGCUCCACCGCUCCAAACGGAUGGUCCUGGACAGCCUGGGGGUGGGCCUGCUGGGCAGCACCACACAUGUCUUCCAGUUGGUACUACAACACUGCCAGCACAUGUAUGCUCCUGCUGACAUCAGCAGUGUGUAUGGACGCAGAGGAACCAAACUCUCCCCAACACUGGCUGCCUUCGUCAAUGGAGUUGCCACCCACUCCAUGGACUUCGAUGACACCUGGCACCCUGCUACUCACCCGUCGGGGGCGGUCCUUCCUGCCUUGCUGGCGCUUAGUGAUAUGUUGCCCAGCAAGCCGAGUGGGCUGGACUUCCUGCUGGCGUUUAACGUGGGAAUAGAGGUUCAGGGACGACUUAUGAGGUUUUCCAAUCAGGCUCAAAACAUCCCCAAGAGGUUCCACCCCCCCUCUGUAGUGGGGACUCUGGGAAGUGCAGCAGCCUGUGCUCGACUCCUCUGUUUGGAUCACGCUCAAUGUAGCCACGCCCUGGCCAUCGCAGCCAGCCUAUCAGGAGCCCCCAUGGCUAAUGCCGCCACUCAAUCCAAACCUCUCCAUAUUGGCAAUGCAGCGCGGCUGGGACUAGAGGCCGCUCUACUGGCCUCCAAAGGGUUGGAGGCCUCACGCACCAUACUGGACGACACCACUGGUGUGGCGGGUUUCAGCGCCUUCUACGAGGACUAUGCCGUGCAACCUUUGACCUCCCCUGAUGAGGAAGGGUCGCGGUUCCUUUUGGAGGACCAGGACAUGGCGUUCAAGAGGUUCCCCGCCCAUCUGGGGAUGCACUGGGUGGCCGACGCUGCUGCUGCCAUACACAAGCUGCUGCUGGGGGAACCAGGGGUGGGGAGUCAGGGGUCAGGGGUCGUAGGGCAGGUCCAGGACAUCUUGCUUAGGGUUCCGCGUUCCAAAUACAUCAACCGUCCAUUCCCAGAAUCAGAGCAUGAGGCCAGACAUUCCUUCCAGUUCAACGCCUGCUCUGCCCUGCUCCACGGCGAGGUCACCGUGGACUCAUUUUCCCAGGAGGCAAUGCGGCACCCCGACCUGCUGACCCUGCUCGGGCGUGUCCAUGUGGAGCAUCCCAAUGACAACCCUGCUAACUUUGACCGCAUGUAUGGAGAGGUGCAGGUGACCUUGGUGGGCGGGGACGUACUGAAGGGACGCUGUGAUACAUUCUAUGGACAUUGGAGAAAUCCACUGACCAAUGAGAGUCUGCUGAAGAAGUUCUGUAGUAACGCGGGGGCGGUCCUUCCCUGGGAGAAGGUGGAGGGGCUGAUUGAGGCCGUGGAUGGCCUGGAAACACUAGGAGACUGCUCUUCUCUACUGGCACAAUUGCAGUAAACAAACACUUUCUGACCAGCUGUUAUUGUUUUGUACAUCUCGAGUCCGAACAAAUCCUGGGCAUUCUGCUACUGCUUGUGUCUUCUGGUGACAGGAUGUAGAGCUAUUUUACCUAGUUACUAUGGUAAUAAGAAGGGGUUUUGCGAACAG